UGCUCAUACGAUCUGCCGCGGCAGUGCCACUUCUCCACUUUCACUACCCACCCCACCACAGCACGCACAACUCACCAUGGGCGUCGGAGGCGGCUUACAAAUGUUCCUGCUGUUCGCAGCUACUGCGAUUCUACUGGUCUUGACUCUGUCAACACCUGUCAUCAAGGGGUUGAAGUUUAUGGAGAUCCAAACCUCCGCAACAACACUAAGGCUCGGUGUCCUGGGAUACUGCAACUCGAGAGGAUGCAGUUCCAAGCACAUCGGGUACGAUCUGUCUGCCGCCCUUCGCGCGGCCACGAACUACAACAACGUCAAGGACUCCUACACGCCCCUCACCAAGUCGCUUGUCAUGGUGCCUAUUUCAUGUGGCAUCACGGGCGUCGCAUUCCUCAUCGCUCUCUUCUCCCAGAAGAUGGGAUACUGCGUCUCGGGCCUGAUCUCCCUCUUCGCCUUCGUCUCCACCCUCGUGGCGCUCAUCUGCGAGUCGGUCCUCUUCGCCGCCCUGCGGGACGACCUGCGCAAGCACACCAAUGCGCGCGUGUCCAACUUUGGCAUUGCGCAUUGGCUCCUCGUCGCUGCCACCGCGUGCGUCUUCCUCUGCCCCCUCCUCGGCAUGAUCGAGUGCUGUACCGCCCGCUCGCGGUCGCAGAAGUCCAAGGAUGGCCAGGUGUACGACCCCGUCCAGCCGGCAGGGUAUGGGUACAACAUGCCCCUGGCGGCGUACCCUCCUCAGCCUCAGCACAGUGGCCACAACGCGUAGAAGUGAGGCUGGUUUAUAGAGUAACGAUAGAGACGCACACACAUGAUCAUGCACGAUAUGCC